AAGUUUAUGCUCGAAUUAUUGUUCAUUGAGGAAACUUGGUGGUGACAAAUAUUGUUUUUAAUUCACUAGUUCCUCGACACACUGAAAAAACUAAUCAUGGAGGAAGUUUUAUUUAAGACAAGUGAUGUUAUAUGAUUGAGGGAACUGGGAUAAGUGUUGACACCUAUUUGUUUGUCUUGAACCCUUAAACCCCACGAAUCAGUACUUAAAUCAAUAUAUAUUUGUUUGCAUUGUUAACAUGGUGGAUGGUAAUGAGUUCUCCUAUCCAAGAACAGCAGAGACAUUUCCGCAUGGCCUUCGUGUUCUAGUGGUGGAUGAUGAUCUUACCUGGUUAAAAAUCAUUGAGAGGAUGCUCAUGAAGUGUUUCUAUCAAGUGACAAUUUGUUGCUUAGCAAAAGAAGCUCUGGAUAUACUCCGUGAAAGAAGAGACGGUUUUGACAUUGUAAUUAGUGAUGUCAACAUGCCUGAUAUGGAUGGUUUUAAGCUUCUCGAGUACGUUGGCCUUGAGAUGGAUCUUCCUGUCAUAAUGAUGUCUGUUGAUGGAGAAACGAGUCGAGUUAUGAAAGGCAUUCAGCAUGGAGCAUGUGAUUAUCUUUUGAAGCCAAUAAGAAUGAAAGAACUGAAAAAUAUAUGGCAGCAUGUGGUUAGAAAGAAGAAAAAUGAGUUGAAAGAUAUUCAAGGUCUUAAAGGCCUAGAAAAUAUUCAAGUGGCGAGAAGUGGAAUUUCCAAUGGAUUCGAUGAUGGAUAUUUCUUCUGUGCAAGGAGUAUGGAUUUCGGAAAGAAAAGAAAGGGAUAUGAAAGCAAGCACCGUGACAAUGAAGUUGUUGACCUUUCUGCUGUGAAGAAAAGUAGAGUAGUUUGGACCGUAGAACUUCACCAGAAAUUUGUCAAAACUGUGAAUCACAUAGGACUUGAUAAAAUCGGCCCCAAGAAGAUACUUGAUUUGAUGAAUGUCCCCUGGUUGACAAGGGAAAAUGUUGCUAGUCACUUGCAGAAAUACCGGCUCUACUUGAGCAGAUUACAGAAAGAAGAUGAUCUCAAGACCUCUUUUAGUGGGACAAGACAAUCAGAUUUAUCUUCAAAAGAACAAGUUGCUGCUGAUAUGGGCUCUGACAAGAUCAGUUUUAAGAAAUUUGACGCUGACAGUUGCACAUCCGGGUUUCCUGAAAGCAGUGUUAUUCAGAAUACAUCUGAAAGUGGAGGUAUCAUUUUCUUGCCCAUGUUGACCACAACGGAUGACAAUUUUGAAAUUCAGAAUACUAGCAGCAUAUCAGAGAGCAAUCUCAUUCGUACUUGUGGAGUACCAGCAGCAAACUAUAUGGCAUUGUCUUCUUUCGUUCCAUCUCAAUAUUCUUUGAGCAGAAAUGGACAAGGAAUCGAGACCAAACAGGAAAUCAGGCCUCGCCUAGAGAUGAAGAAUGACUUGAGCCAUCACCAAUAUCCCAAUGUCCAAAACCAAACCCUCCCGAAUAUUGUGCAAUUUGCUCCCACUAUAUAUCAAACACCUAUUACAGAAAUUGACAAUCCACCCCAUGUCGAAUUCAAAAUACCCUACAGCAACCGGAACCUUCCAAAACAGAGUCCGGAAAGAGUUGAGUAUGAGUUGUGUCCUGUCCAGUCUGACAGCAGCCACAGAACUUGUUUCUACUCCGAGCCUUAUACCAGAAGCAGUUGGAGCAUGAAAGAUGAAAUACUGGAACACAUUUUAGUGAGUGAUAUCGAUUCUCUAAAUCAUUUGGCAUGUUUAAAUGGAUCUGACUUGCUUCCAGAGGAUCCAUUUUUAACAAGCCUUGAACUACUUAACACAGAUUUUUGCGACUGCAGCAACUCAGAACUGUCUACUGAUUAUUCACCAGACUUGUACGACGGAUUGUUGUUCAUGUAGCCGAUGAACACAUAUUAAGUAGUUAUUUUAUAGACAGUAUCUUACAGAUAUGUAUAUUGUGCUCUGCUGUGGUUUGUUUAAUGCAAAAUGGCAACAUUGUAAUGCAGCAUUGUCUAGACUAUCCAAGUAUAAAGACUUGUUGUAUCAAAGCAAGAAGAGGGCUGCUUGUUGCAGCAAAGCCCAGACGGUUUACUUCACUUUGCUUAAGUGUUGAAUUAAGCAAACAAUUCUGCAACUAGCACUGCAUUUUUAACUUUGAAAUCUUGGCUUCCUAAAAGUUUUAUACAUUC